AUGGAUCAUUUAACAAAACAAGAGACAAGCUCUGUUCAAAGGUUGAUGCUAAAUACUUGGUCACCUCCAUCGGGAGUGUACAAGAAAGCAUUCCAUUCUCAUACCGAUAAGUCAGUUAGCACAAUCAUCUGCGAUGAUCUAGUUUCAGGGCUGGAAAUUGAGCUCAACGACGGCCAAUGGGUCAAGCUGUCUUCAACGCCCGGCUCCUUUUUCUUUGUGGUCGGAGAUCCCCUCAUGGCAUGGAGUAAUGGGAGAAUAAAAGCGGUGAAUGACAGAGUGAUGAUGAGCGGAAACAAAGAUCGGUUUUCAAUGGCAUGCUUUGCAGUUCCAGCUGAGGGUACGAUAAUCAGUACACCCAAAGAGUUUGUGGACGAACAACAUCCACAACUUUUUAAAGAUUUUGACUUCAAGGAGUUCAUCAUCCUCUUUGCCUUUUCCGAGCAAGCAAGCCACAUCGAAUCCACCAAACAGAUCCACGCCUUUGCUUCUCUCUCACCACCGGUUUCCAACUGA